AAAUUUCUUUGUUAUAAAAAAAUAUAUUCUGAACUGAUAAAAGGAUAGCUUCUCAACUUUCUCCUGAACGUACACCCAAUUCCAUUUGUUGUUUGUUGGAGCAAAAAAUUGAAUGACGACCCAUCUUCCAACUUCAACUCUUCCCUCUAAAAUUGCAUUACCUUUCAAUAAACCCUGGAAUAAACGAGCUCAAUUCACCUUCCCCAAAACAAACCCAUGUCCAAGAUUUUCAGUUGGGUCUCUUAGAUGUGCAGUUUCCGUUGUUUCUGAGCCAAUUCAAUCUGAAAUUACCAACAAUGGCAAACCAUUUCCAGCUGAGGUUUCCAGGACAAUUAUGGAAUUAUCUUCAGUUGGCACUUUAUCCACGCCUACUCAAGAUGGUUGGCCUUUAGGCAUUGGUGUUCGUUUCGCUGUUGACCCUAAUGGAACUCCUCUUCUCUUUUUGAAUGACUCCACUUCGAAAUUCGCUGUUAAUUGCAAGUCUAGUUUCCUUGUUCAGUUAGAGCAAUAUGGGUUGCGGACUCCACAGUGCACGAUACAGGGAAUACUUGAAAAGCCAGAACAUACGACAGAUUUAAAGAAGCUUCAUUCAGUUUGGGAAAAAAGAUUUGGGCAUGAAGUAGAUGGGGACCGCUUAUUUUUGCUUUCUGUGGAUCGGGUACUUCAAAUUGAAGAUUUUGCAGAGGCUGGAAUUUGGGUCACUUCUUCAGACUACAAGUCCGCGAACCCUGAUCCUCUUCGAGACUUUGCAGAAAGAAUGAUUGGCGAGAUAAAUGCUAACAAUAGGGAAGACAUCUUACGGUUUUGCAACAUCUAUGUAGAUUUGGAUUUCCAGGUUUGCGAUGCCAAGAUGCUUUGGGUUGAUAGAUUAGGUUUUGAUGUCCGCUUCAGGUCUCCGCGAAAUGAUGUAUUUGAAGCCCGUAUCCCUUUUCCCAGAGAGGUUACAGAUGAGAAGGGGGCAAAAUCAUCUUUCAAUUGUAUGUCUCAACUUGCUUGGGAAGUAGAAAAGAAUUUCCAUUCUGCUGAGUUUGAAAAGGUGAAACAACUGAAAAAGAUCGAGCACAGAGGACUCUAAAUCAAACUGGUACCUCUUUGCAAUUUUUAUGGUUGUUAUCUCGAUGUUCUGCAGUUUUUUGAUGCAAUUAUCAGUUGUAAUAUCUUGAGACACCAUUCUUUUUCUCGAGGAAUCGCUAAGUCGAUUUGAACUUUGGAGGCUGAUCAAUGUAAUUUCUCAGUUAGGAUAGUGUAAAUUGGUGAGUGUUUGCAAUUGCAGCGGGAAUGUAAAUGUGCUGGAAGGACAUGUUCAUCUCUGCAGCAACACAAUAAUGUAUGUUAGCACAUAAGUUAUCGGUUAACGGAGCUCUUCUACGACUUAUUUUU